AUGGACGAUGCCCAGACGAGGUAUGCGACAACUGAAAAGGAACUCCUUGUUGUGGUUUUCGCUUUUGAAAAGUUCAGAAGCUACUUAGUAGGUUCAACGGUAAUUGUCUACACGGAUCAUGCCGCCCUACGGUACAUCUACUCAAAAAAGGACACCAACCUUAGGCUCCUCAGAUGGAUCCUUCUUCUGCAAGAAUUCAACAUAGAAAUCCUGGAUAAAAAAGGAAUUGAAAACGGGGUAGUAGACCAUCUGUCCAGAAUGAGAAUCGAAGAUCCACUCCCAAUAGACGAGUCAAUGCCCGAAGAAAGACUGAUGCACAUCGCCUUCUUGGAGGAAAUGAGCCACACGAUCGGACAGACGAUAGCUUACUCGAUCCUCGAGUCAGCAAGGUCGAUCGAGUUCAUGGCAAUCGAGUCGGCUAAGCUUCCAUGGUACUCAGACUUCGUGAACUACUUGGUGUGCGGGGAAAUUCCUAAGGACUACGACGCUCAAAGAAAGAAGAAAUUCUUCAGGGAUGUCAACAACUACUACUGGGACGAACCUUAUCUCUACAAGAAAGGGACGGAUGGACUGUUCAGACGAUGUAUAGCAGAGGAGGAAUUCCAAGGAGUACUAGAGCAUUGUCAUGGGUCCGCCUAUGGAGGAUAUUUUGCCACCUUCAAAACAGUCCAAAAGAUACUCCAAGCUGGUCUUUGGUGGUCAACACUGUUCAAGGACGCACAGCUCUUCAUAGCAAAAUGUGAUUCGUGCCAGAAAAUGGGUAACAUAGGUCGACGAAAUGAAAUGCCUCAACAGCCGUUCUUAGAAGUCGAAAUUUUUGAUGUCUGGGGAAUAGACUUCAUGGGACCCUUCAACCCACCCUCAACAUUUCACGGAGUCAAGCAUAACAUCGCGACAGCUUAUCACCCGCAAACCAGCGGACAAGAGGAAGUAAGCAACAAACAGAUCGAAGCGAUACUAGCCAGAAUCGUGGGAAUCACUAAAAAAGAUUGGGCAUUCAAGCUAGAUGAUGCGCUAUGGGCCUAUAGGACCGCCUAUAAAACUCCGAUUGGGUGGACACCUUUCCAGCUCCUCUACAGAAAAAACUGUCACCUUCCGGUCGAGGUUGAAUACAAAGCAAUGUGGGCGACCAAGCUGCUGAAUUUGGACAUAAGGACUGCCCAAGAAAAGAGAGUAAUGGAUCUCCAUGACCUCGAGGAGAUACGGCUGGAUGCUUAUGAUAAUUCGAGGAUCUACAAGGAAAGAACCAAGGCUUUUCACGACAAGAGGAUUCGACACAAGGAUUUAAAAGCUGGAGACAAAGUCCUUUUGUUCAACUCGAAGCUUCGGAUAUUCCCUGGGAAGCUCAAUUCUAGAUGGUCAGGACCUUUCGAAAUUAAGGAAGUUCUUCCCUAUGGAGCAGUCACUCUGCUAGGUAAAAGUAAGAAUGAAUUCACUGUGAAUGGGCAAAGAGUAAAGAAAUACAUGGCAAAUGAGAGCACAGAGGUGGAAUCAUCUUUGCGCCUCGACAAUCCCGCGCCAGUCUAA